AUGGAUGGAAACAGUAAACGAAUGUGGUUGUCACUUAUGGUUAUUUCGAUAUUAUUCGUUGAACGGGUAACAGUUUUUGAACUGGACAGUGGAGAAUUGAUACCAAAUUCUUUAUAUGGUCCUGGCGAUCAUAUAACUGUAUUGAAUAGUGAUAACUUCAAUAAGAGCGUAUACAAUAAGGAUCAGUUUUUUUUCGUAGAAUUUUUCUCGAGUUGGUGUGGUGCUUGUAUUGGAUACGCUGAAACAUACAAACAACUUGCAAAACAACUGCUACAGUGGAGGUCUAUUGUUCAAAUUGCAGCCGUCGAUUGCGCUGAUGAUCGAAAUUCUGAAUUGUGUCGAGAGCAUAAUGUUGAUGCUUUUCCAACUAUCAAAUAUUUCAAAUACAUGUCAACGAGUGCAAAUGACGCCCAACAAUAUAAAGGAAAUAAGUAUAGUUUAAAUGAUGUAGCACUAGAUAUUGCCCAGUUGGUGUAUAAUGACUGGAUAUAUUGGAAACCUGCAGAAUGGCCAAAUUUUCUGACUAGUGAUAAUUAUGUCAGGCUUGAAGAUCUUUUAUCAGCAAUGCCGCAUUCUGCCUCGUUGUUAGCUCUAGUCGUUGAAGAUAAUCCUUCGAGGACAGCGUGGGCGGAAAUGAUAGCAUUUGCAAAUGAUGAACGAGUUCAUGUAGCGCAAAUACAGCGCAAUAAUCCAAUAGCGCAGCAGUUUGGUAUUACAGAGGCAUCAGGAAAAUCACGAUUGUUCCUGCUGAACAAGGAGUACCAACCAACUCUGCUUUAUAUUUCUAUGGAACAUGACACAUGGCUUCAGAUGCAAAAUAAGAUUAAUGAACACUUGGCACAAAUUCCUGUAAACGUACCUGUGGCACAGAAUGAAGUGUUACGAGAUGUGAAGGCAUUCAAUGAAACGGAGGUCACUUGGAGUCAGUUUGAAGUGCAAAUGAUGGAUAUCAUAACUGCGCUUCGUUAUAUGUUAAUGGAUGAAAUACCGAGGAAAACUAUGAUUAAAGGUGAAAAGCUUGCGGCAUUAAAAUCAUGGGUUCAUGCGAUGAAAAAGUAUAUGCCAGGAACAAUCUCUAUACGAAGAUUGUUGUACCGGUUGAAUGAUUGGCUUAACAGUGUAUCAACUGAACUCACUUUCGAACAAUGGAAACAUAAAGUAAAGACGAUUCAGGAUCAAUUAGGUCAGCCGCUCCCAAGUGCAACCAGUUAUAUGGCUUGUCGUGGAUCUAAAAUUCAUUUCCGAGGAUAUACUUGUGGAGUAUGGACAAUAAUACAUGCAAUGAGUGUUCAGGCAUAUAUGAUUGAAAAAGACAACACAAGUUUCAAUGCUAACAACGAUCUGAUCGAGCCAUUCCAUCAAUUUAUAUGGAAUUUCUUCAGCUGCCUCAAAUGCAAGACUCAUUUUCACGAAAAAAUUUUGGGUCAAAAUAUGACUGCAGUUGUCACACCGGCGGAUGGUGUAAUGUGGUUGUGGAUGACACAUAAUAUCGUUAACAAGGAUAUCGCAGGCGAAGCGUCAGAAGAUCCAUUCUUUCCGAAACAGCAAUUUCCACCAGCUUCAUUAUGUCCACAAUGUAGGAAGCAAAAUGGAGAAUUUGACGCAGAAGCUGUAUUGGAUUUCAUGAUUAACUAUUAUAGUAAUUUAAAGAUCGAUGGUGUUAGGUCUGUGCCUGGUUACGUAGUGAGUAAUUUUGAAGAUGGCAAGUUGGUAGCUAUUGAAAUGAAGCAUCUGAAUCCAAAAUUCCAAAUUGGUGCAUUCAUUGUUGACUCCAUAGAAGCUGAUCCGAAAUUCAUGGAUGAGUUCGGUUACAGACAUGAAUCGAGGUCGGAUGAGAAUGGAUCUGGCGGGAGUAAGCAUGGUGGAUCAUCAGUGAAACGAUCAUUUUCCGCGUUAUGGCUGUCGGUCAUCGCUGUGGUGGUUCUUUUCAUCUAUAUGAAAUAUCGACGAAAUCGUUUUAAAAUCUGGAAGACUUUUUAUUAUAAUGACUACAAGCUGUGA